AUGCGAGCUGGCUGGGCUCUCGGGAACCAGGAACGUAACCUUAACGACUCGAGUUCUGCGGGUACAACUUCCGUUUCAUCUGUUUAGCCACAUCACCAUUGAUCGUCCUCAGAGACGCAGAGCCGGGCGCCACCCUUCUCCGACACUCUACCCGCGCGCAUUCAGAGAAACUCACUCAUUUUCACUUUCGAAUCCCUCCCUUCUACUUGUGUACAACUUUCAGAACGAUGCACUUCCGCAAAAACGUCUCGCCGAAGCAGCAAAAGGAGCGAUUGGCGUGCCGCACCAAGCGAAUUCUCGCCUCCACCGCAAUUCUUUGGAUUCUCGCCAUGGGCAUCGCCGCGUGCAACGUCUUCAACGCCAAAAACAACUGACGACUAA